CCCAAGCAACGCGGCCGGAUUAAUUCGCCCGCGUCGGGCUCCCGCCAGGGGGGCAGGGACGCUGCCCGCUUGACUCGGUCACGUCCGACUCCCGAUUGAUUCGCCCGCUCGCUCCGCGCGUCUGUCUCCAGCUCAGAUUGAUGUAACGCCUAGGUGCCCUAGUCAUGGACCAAGAUCCCAAUGUGCUAGGUGACGUACAAACACAGGACAGAAAGACAGUCCCUGUUGCAAAGAGCUUUCAAUGUGCUGGGAUUUUGCCACCUUCAUGCCGGAGUCGCCGAGGGGUUAGAAACCCACGAGGACACUGAUAGUUCACACAACCUCGCCGCCCCUGAGAAGAUGAAGGCUGCUGGGGCUCUGCUCAUCUUGGGCAUCCUAUUUGGAGGCACCCUGGGUGGGCCGUGGAGCGCGUGGAUGCCGCAGACCAUUAUGGCCUUCGAGGGCACGUGCGUGGCCAUCCCGUGCCGUUUCGACUACCCAGACGAGCUGCGCCCCUCGACCGUGCACGGCAUCUGGUACUUCAACAGCCCCUACCCCCGGAACUACCCGCCCGUGGUGUACAAGUCGCGCACCAGCAUCGUUCACGAGAGCUUCCAGGGCCGCUCCCGCCUGCUGGGCGACCUCCAGGCCCGCAACUGCACCCUGCAGCUCAGCCGGCUCAGCCCCGAGCUGGCGGGGAAGUACUUCUUCCGCGGGGACCUGGGCGGCUACAACCAGUACACGUACUCGGAGCACAGCAACCUGGAGAUCGUCGACAAACCCACCAUUGUGCCCCCGGCUGUGGUGGUGGUGGGGACGGAGGCGGAGCUGCGGUGCGUGGUGCCGGAUAACUGCCCCACCAUGAAGCCCGUGGUGAGCUGGUUGAACCACGAGGCGCUGGAGGAUCAGGCUGUCUUCGGCCAGCUGGAGGAGGAGAGCGGCACCUGGAGCCAGGUGUCCCUGCUGAAGUUCCAGCCCUCGCGGGAGAACGACGGACACGAGCUGGGCUGCCAGGUCACCUACCCCAACACCACCUUCCUCUUCGAGGCCUUCGCCAGCCUGGACGUCAAGUACGUGCCCCGGAUCCUGCAGGUGAACUCGUCCGUGGAGGUCACGGAGGGCUCGCCCGUGGUGCUGGUGUGCGUGGCGGACAGCAACCCCAUGGCCUUGCUGGCGUGGUUCAAGGAGGAGGCCGUGCUGCGGGAGGAGCCGUCCACCAACCUGACGCUGGAGCUGGACAACGUCACCCACGCGCAGGACGGGAUCUACACCUGCGUGGCCGAGAACGUGUACGGGCGGGUGAACCGCUCCCUGGCCCUCACCGUCAUGUACGCCCCGCGGAAGCCGUCGGUGAACUCCUCGGUGGUGGCGGUGGAGGGGGAGUCAGUGACUAUCCUGUGCACCACGGAGAGCAACCCUGAGCCCAUCAUCACCAUCUUCAAGGAGAAGCAGAUCGUGGCCACGGUGGUCUACGAGAGCGAGCUGCUGCUGGAGAUCCCCGCCGUGACCCACGAGGACGACGGGGAGUACUGGUGUGUGGCGGAGAACCAGUACGGCCAGCGCGGCUCCGCCUUCAACCUCACCGUGGAGUUCGCUCCCAUAAUCCUCUUGGAGUCAAAGUGCACGGCGGCUCGGGACACGGUGCAGUGCGUCUGCGCCGUGCUGGCCAAUCCGGAGCCCGUGAUCUCCUUCGAGCUGCCCACCCGGAACGUGACGGUCAACGAGACUGACCAGGAGUUCGUCUAUUCCCAGAAGACGGGCUACACGGUCACCAGCAUCCUGACGCUGCGCGGGGAGCUGGACUCGCAGCUCUUCGUCGUCUGCUCCGCCCGCAACCUGUACGGCACCAAGAACCAGCAGCUCCAGUUCCACCACUCCAACAAUCUGAUGUGGGCGAAGGUGGGGCCGGUGGGCGCCGUGGUGGCCUUUGUGAUUCUCAUUGCCGCCGUGUGUUACGUGAGUCAGACGCGGAAAAAGAAAAACGUGAAUGAAAACUCCAGUUUCGUGCAGCUGGAGCACCCGCCUGUGGCGUACAGCGGCGAGUACCGGCCCCCGGGGGCCCUGGACAAAUCCGAGUACGAGCGGCGCCCAGUCUCCGACAAACGCCUCCUGAACAAGCCCGAGGGCUCCCUGGACCUGAACGUGGACUACGCCAACAUCGACUUCACCAAACUGGCCACCAAGGACAGCUACACCCUGACGGAGGAGCUGGCGGAGUACGCAGAGAUCCGGGUCAAGUGAGCGCCCCAGGCCCCCCCCCAGUGACACGCCCUCUGCCACGGAAACCACCCCCGCCAGAAUCAGGACCUGUCUGUGCCCCCAAAUCACCAGGCACGCCCCCGCCAUGGAAACCCCAUCUACCAGGAUCAACCCCAUGCAGAGUGCAGGUCCUGCCCCGCCCACUACUGGCAGGACACGCCCCCUGCCAUGGAAACCCCACCCACUGCCAUCAGGACCUCCGACUGAAUACAGCUGGGACAGGGACUGUCUCUCGCUGUGUGUCUGGGCAGCGCCUGGUGCAACGGGGCUGUGAUCUCAGCUGGGGCAGGGACUAUCUCUUGCUGUGUGUCUGGGCAGUGCCUCAUAUCCUGAUGCCCCUUCUUUGACAGCCCUAUGGCUGGUUAUGUGGGUCUGGCCCUGCACUGGGACCCAGGAGACCUGCGGUUUAAAUCCCACCUGCGCUACAGAUUUUGUGCUACCUUGAGGUAUGUCCUAACCUCGCUGUGUGCCUCAGUUUCCCCACAGUCUCUUAAUUUCCCCUGUGCACAAUGUGGCUCAUAAUUCCCUCCCACCCCGGGCUUUUGAGAGGCUAAAUUUGGAACCGAUUGGGAGACUCAACCAAAGCCCCGUUGAACCGUUAAUGACCCCGCUGAGCUGUCUCUGUAGGAGCCACGCAAGUACCUGCCGAGAUCCUCCCUCAACCCAUCCAGUCCUUGUUCUAAUUCCCCCAGGCUGUCUUUGCACGUGCCGAGGGAACAACAUCCGUCUCCUGCUGCGUAAAGACGUGUCUAUGGUACAAAGCUACUUAGACCAGCACCGCCAUCCCCAGCCAGGAAGGGGAAUAACUAUACUGGGAUAAGCCCCGUCCUACCGGGAUAAUGGCCCCCACGGCUGUACUGGUGUAGGCAGAUCAGCCCCGUCCUACCGGGAUAACGGCCCCCACGGCUGUACUGGUGUAGGCAGAUCAGCCCCGUCCUACCGGGAUAACGGCCCCCACGGCUGUACUGGUGUAGGCAGAUCAGCCCCGUCCUACCGGGAUAACGGCCCCCACGGCCGUACUGGUGUAGGCAGAUCAGCCCCGUCCUACCGGGAUAACGGCCCCCACGGCUGUACUGGUGUAGGCAGAUCAGCCCUGUCCUACCAGGAUAACGGCCCCCACAGCUGUCCUGGUGUAGGCAGAUCAGCCCCGUCCUACCGGGAUAACGGCCCCCACGGCUGUACUGGUGUAGGCAGAUCAGCCCUGUCCUACUGGUAUAACUAGAUCAGUAGAAAAUCACACGUCUAAUUGACAGUUAUUCUGGGGGGAAAAUCUCUGGGUGGCUCAGAUGUAAAUCGGGAGCCCGAAAACCCCCACAGCUGUAAUCUGUGUUUCCCACUGGGAUAAACAGGUGCUCAUGGUCUGGGUCCGACCCCCUGGAAUUCUAUGCUCCACUGGCACCAGCCAUCGGGGGGGGGGGGGGAUUUAUAACAAAUCGUCAUUUAUUUUUGGUGCCAUUUUUGUACAGAUAUUUGCCUGAUGAUAGAAAACGAAAUAAAUAAAAAGCCCCAACUAACAAGGUCAAAGCUCUCUAACCAGCGCUUCCUUCUGCCCAGAAACCGCCCCCUAAGCUUGUUAACCCUUCCAGGCACCUGGAUCUAGGCUCUAUUUAUUGAUUAGCUGGAUGUGACGUGAUUAGAUGUUAAAUAAAACACGGCCCUGGUAUGAUAACAAUAAGGCCCCUUCGCAGAGCUCUGGCAGGCAAAGGAACCACGUGCAUGACGUUGACAUGAGGGCUGGGUGGGAAGGAUCCAGGGGCCUCGCGAGGCAGCCAGCCGCCCGUGCUGACGCAGAACCAGGUAACCCCAGACCAUCCCCGUCAGGCGUUUCUCAAACCUGGUCUUAAACCCCUCCACGGACGGGAUCCCACAACCUCCCUGGGACUCCCCGGAGAGUUAGGAAGUUUCUCCUAAUACCUGACCACAAUCUCCCCUGCCCAGGACAUGUGUGAAGACUGUUCUCAGGUUCGCUCUCAGCCUCCUCGUCUCUAGACUAAACAGGCCCAGUUCUUUUCAUCUUUCCUCAAUGGUCAAGUUUUCUAACCCUUUGACCCCUUCUGCUGCUCUCCCCAGGAGCGGCGGAAGCUGUCUAAAAGUGGGGGGGCCACCAGUGCCUGAACCAUGCCCCCCCCUUCCUGAGGUCCUGCCCCUUCUCUCCUUCUCCCCGCCCCCACCUCCACCCCAUCCCUUCCCCCACGGCCCUGCUCCCACACCACCUCUUCCACUCAAGACCCCACCUCUCGCUCGCGCCUCUCUCCCCUCCCCCCCACCCGGCGCUGACCCUUAUGUCCGGUAGAAAGCGCUGGGGCCAUGGCCCCAUGGCACCCCCAUUCCGGCACUCCUGGCUCUGCCCUGGACUCUCCAUUCGGGCCACCGAACGGGCAGCGCCCCAACCCGGACAUGGUUCUCCAGCUUCGGCCUCCCCAGAGCAGGCCAAUUCCCGCCCGUGUCGCACGUCCGACACUCCUGUUUCCACAGCCCAGAACGACGUCAACUCGCAAAUAAAAAAGCUCAAUGGAAACAAAAAGUUUCCAUUGACCCAAAAAAGAUUUUUUUUCGCUGCAAAUUUUCAUUUUGCAGGAAUUUUUGCCAUUUUGUUCCAAUUUGGAGCCUUCUUUGGUUUGAAAACACAGAAUCCCGCCCCCCCCCAGCCAACCAACAAUUAAAUUAAACCAACUUUCAUUUACAUCUCCCGAUAUUUGGCUUUGUGUUCCCAGAGCUUUGUAAAAGAGCCGCUGCCUAACCCAGGACGCCGCCUCCGUCGAUUUACACUAAGUCGUGUGGACAAUUCCCGUUCUUGGCUUCUAUGUAAAUAGGGAAGAAUGUAAAAAAUAAUUGAAGCCAGGAUUAGCGCAGUAACUUUUUAGUAGCGUGUGUGCGCGUGUGUAUGUGUGUUACAGGACAAAAUUGUGCCACUGGCUUAGCCAGCCCUGCUCCCCGGUAGAAUUAGGCUCGCGGACAUAUCAGGAGAGCUGGAUUAAUUCCAAGACUAUGUCGAUUUCGUUGUAUAUCGUUGUUCCGUGAGGUGCCAACUGUUUAAUGACUUUAACCCAGCAGACUUUGUAUUCCCAAGGAAAUAAAAUGUAUUUUAC